AUGACGGUUAGAGAAAUGGACUACCUGAAGAUAGUGAAUGUGUCUAGGAUGCUGUAUUAUCAGUCGAAACUAAUUAUGCCCAGGAGUGAAAACAUAGCCAUACAGACUCCUUGGCUGGCCCCCAUCGUGUGGGACGGGACUUUCCAAAUAGAAAUCCUGAACCAGCAAUUCCGGCUCCAGAACGUCUCCAUUGGGCUAGUGGUGUUUGCCACCGGAGAAUAUGUAGCCUUCCUAGAGGUGUUUUUGCAGACUGCAGAGACAUACUUCAUGGAGGGACACAGGGUGAAGUACUACGUCUUCACUGACCAGCCGGAUAGCGUUCCACUCAUGAAGCCCCAUGAGGGGAGACAGAUUGUGAUUCUGGAAGCUCAGGGCUCUGGCCACCAGCAGGACGCCUAUGACUAUAGAAUGAAGAUGAUCAGCCUUUUUUCCAAGCGGCGCUUUGCAAAGGAGGUGGACUACCUGGUCUGUGCGCACGUGAACAUCAUUUUCUGCCACAGUGUGGGCGUGGAGAUCCUGUCCUCCUUGUUUGGCACGCUGCAUCCUCUGUUCUUUGGAUUCCCAAGGGAGUCCUUGGUCUAUGAGAGGCAGCCUCAGUCACAAGCCUACAUUUCUGGGGAGGAGGGAGACUUUUACUAUUCGGGAGCCUUCUUCGGGGGAAAGGUGCUGGAGGUUUUCAGGCUUACCAAGUUCUGUUACCAGGCAGCGAUGCUGGACAAGGCUCAGUACAUCCAUGUCGAAUGGCCUGAUGAAAGCUACUUGAACAAGUAUCUCCUUUAUAACAAGCCCACCAAGGUCCUCUCUCCUGAGUACAUGUGGAGUAAGCAACUUCUGGACAGACGCAGUUUCCAAGAAAUGUUGAAACAUGGGGAUAUUCUUGUAAGAGUCAGCAAAUAUCCCUGGACUAAUGCUAAACAAGACUUCCAGAGAGAUUUCAAACGGGGUCAGUGGCAGGAACUUUCAGUCUUCUAA